AUGGAGAUGCUGAAGUAAGUUCUUAGAAGCAAGAUACCGACAAGAUGGUAUAUACUAUACUGUACUAUACUAUACUAUACUAUACUAUACCAUACUAUACUAUACUAUACUAUACUAUACUAUACUAUACUAUACUAUACUAUACUAUACUAUACUAUACUAUACUAUACUAUACUAUACUAUACUAUACUAUACUAUACUAUACUAUACUAUACUAUACUAUACUAUACUAUACUAUACUAUACUAUACUAUACUAUACUAUACUAUACUAUACUAUACUAUACUAUACUAUACUAUACUAUACUACCCUACCCUAUCACCCCUUAGGACCAUUUGACGUCAUAUUAUUUCAGUUUAGCUACCGACCUGUUGAUUACCAGUAUGAACCGUAAACCCGAAAACAACCCCUGCCACCUCUGUUUGAUAGACCAAGCCAAAGCGCCAGUCUUCUGCCUUCAAUGUUUGAAGAUCGUUUCUUGUAAAUGGUGUUUUUUAUUAUACUUGACUGAAGAGCCCACCAAUGCUGUCAAAUGCCUGAAUUGCCAAAGAAUCAGCCCAAAAGAAUGUAGUUUAUUCGCUAGAGUAUAUCGCCGAGAGGCGGGAAAAGUGCACGAGCCCUACUAUCCUUAUCGAAAAGGAUUUAGAUGA